CAGCCGGCGUUGUGUAACCGGGCUCUGAGCGGUGAGCGCCGGCCGCCGGGAGGAACCGGCCCCGCUGCGCCCGCAGCCCGUGGGGAAGGAGCAGCUCUGAGGAGAGCAGCCAGGAUGCCGCAUCGCACCAUCCACCUUUUCCGGAAGGGCCUCUGGCUCCAUGACCACCCGGUGCUCCUGGCUGCUCUGGAGUCCUCCGAGGCCCUCUACCCUGUCUACAUCCUGGACAGAGGGUUCAUGACAUCCGUGAUGCACAUCGGGGCCCUGCGGUGGCAUUUCCUGCUCCAGUCCCUGGAGGAUCUCCAGAAGAGCUUGUGCCAGCUGGGCUCUUCCUUGCUGGUUAUUCAAGGGGAGUACGAGGCUGUUCUUAGGGAUCACGUCCAGAAGUGGGAUAUCACACAAGUGACGCUGGAUGCGGAGGUGGAACCGUUCUACAAGGAGAUGGAGGCCAACAUCCGGCGUCUGGGAGAAGAGCUGGGCUUUGAGGAUUUUGGACUAAAUGGUGGGACUCCCCCACUGACAUACAAGAGGUUCCUUCACAUUCUGUCUCUGGUGGGUGACCCUGAGGCGCCCGUCCGAAACCUGACUGCUGAAGACUUCCAGAGAUGUGCCCCCCCUGCCCCAGGCCUGGCUGGGUGUUACAGGGUGCCUCUCCCUGGGGAUUUGAAGAUCCCUCAGGAGAGCUUUUCCCCAUGGAGAGGAAGGGAGACUGAAGGGCUACAGUGCCUGCAGCAACACUUGACUGACCAGGGCUGGGUGUCAAGUUUUGCUAAACCAAGGACAAGCCCAAACUCGCUGCUUCCAAGCACCACGGGCCUGAGCCCCUAUUUCAGCACAGGCUGUCUCUCAGUCCGCACCUUCUUCUACAGGUUGUCAAACAUUUAUGCUCAGGCCAAGCAUCACUCUCUGCCCCCAGUGUCGCUCCAAGGGCAGCUUCUGUGGAGGGAAUUCUUCUACACGGUGGCAUCAGCAACACCAAACUUCACCAGGAUGGCUGGGAACCCCAUCUGCCUUCAGAUCAGGUGGCACGAGGAUGCAGAGAGGCUCCACAGGUGGAAAACGGCACAGACGGGGUUCCCAUGGAUCAAUGCCAUCAUGACCCAGCUGCGCCAGGAAGGUUGGAUCCAUCACCUUGCUCGGCACGCGGUCGCCUGCUUCCUGACACGGGGGGACCCCUGGAUCAGUUGGGAAGAGGGAAUGAAGGUGUUUGAAGAGCUGCUUUUAGGUGCUGACUACAGCAUCAACGCAGGGAACUGGCUGUGGCUGUCGGCCAGCGCCUUCUUCCACCACUACACAUGGAUCUUGGGCCCCGUCUGCUUCGGGAGGCGCACGGACCCCCAGGGGCAGUACAUCAGGAAGUACUUGCCUGUACUAAAGAACUUUCCCUCCAAGUACAUCUACGAGCCCCGGACAGCAUCCGCAGAGGAGCAGAAGCAAGCAGGGUGUAUCAUAGGUCAAGACUACCCCUUCCCAAUGGUGAACCACAAGGAAGCCAGUGACCACAACCUGCAGCUGAUGAAACAGGUCAGAGAAGAGCAGUGCAGAACAGCCCAGCUCAUGAGAGAUGACACCGCUGACCCAACGGAAACAAAGGUCAAACGUGACUAUUCUGAAGAACCCGUUUCAAAAGGAAAAGUGGCCAGAAUGACAGAACAAACCCACAUCCCAGCUGGGUUUACCUGUUUGGAACCUCAAAAUGGCAAAAGGGGAGAGGCAGAGGCCAGCUGAAGUGGACAAACUGUGCUCAGAACUUUGCCCUGCAGGUGGUGCCUCUUGCUUGGGAACUGAUCUUUCUUCCCCAGAUCUCUCCUUCUUGGCUAAUUCCUCUAGAACUGUAGGGUAAAUGUUCUUUCUGUCAUGUACCACAUGUACAAAUUCACCCUGCCAUUGAAACAUC